AUGGGCAAUCAGGAGGUUAUCAUCAUCGGUGCUGGAGUCGUCGGCCUCACCUUGGCACAUGGACUCAAGAAAGAAGGCAUUCCAUUCCAGAUUUUCGAGCGCGACGAGAGCGUGUCAGCAAGAGGUCAAGGUUGGGCCAUCACGAUUCACUGGGCGUUGCCGUACCUCAAGCAGUUACUCGAGCCACAAGUUCUCCAGAAAAUCGACGGCGUUCAAGUAGAUCCUGCACAAGGUCGACAGGACAAGGGCAACUUUCUCUUUCUCAAUCUCUCCAACUGUGAGACCAAAUUCCGCAUACCACCGUCGGACCGGAGGAGAGUCAAUCGAGAGAAGCUGCGCGCAGUCCUGCUCGAAGGUGUGAAAGACCAGGUGCAGUGGUCGAAACGAUUAGUUGGUGUAGAGCCCGCGUUUGCUGGUCAAGGCAUAAAGGCGCUGUUCGCCGAUGGAACCUCUUCAACUGGAGCUCUCCUGGUGGGAGCUGACGGGAGCAAUUCAGCAGUACGCAAAUUCUUACGUCCAGACGACUAUCACAACAGACAGCUUCCGAUUCGCUUUGUGGGCACAGGCGUCGACAUGACGGAAGACCAAGUUAGACCUCUUAGAUCACUCGAUCCUUUACUGUUCCAAGGCUGCCACCCGGACACCUCGUGUUUCAUGUGGGUAUCGAUGCUCGAGGUCCCCGAGAUCAACGGAACAGCAGGCACGGCGGAUGAACGAUACCGGGUUCAGCUAAAUCUCUCGUGGCCCGUCAAAGGGCCUCAAGAUGAAGUCAAGGCCACAAAUGGCGAUCGACUUCAAGACAUGAAGAUGCGGGCAGCACCAUUUGCCCCGGUCCUCAGAAAUGCCGUUGAGUCGAUCCCUGAAGGUUCGACGGUUCUCGAGAUUAAACUGGCCGAUUGGCCGUGUCUGAAGUGGGACAAUCACCAAGGCUCAGUCACUCUGGUUGGAGAUGCGGCGCACGCCAUGACCAUGUAUCGAGGAGAGGCUGCCAAUCACGGCAUGUUGGAUGCGUAUCAUCUGAGUCAGGCUCUGAAGGAAGUGCAUGCGGAAGGGAGAGCACAGAGAGACGCAAUCGACAGAUUUGAAGAGGAAAUGAGAACCAGGACAAGUCACGCAGUACAGAUGAGUCGACAAGCAUGUUUCGAUGCCCAUGACUGGAGCAGAUUAAACGAAAGUUCGGCGGUGUUGACCAAGAGAGCCGUGACAGCGCAGUAG